CUUUGUAGGACAAUCAGUAACAGGUGCCCAAUUCUGGGAGAUGACAAUACACCAGGGGCCGGCUGACGAUUGUCUCUGACUUGCCGCUUUUCAAGUAUGUCUAGCACAUGUGCCGCUUUCACUGCAUGCAUGUCUUGACAACGCAUACAUAUACCCAACAACCCUUGAACACAGACGGAUGUCGGCGGGCCGUCGGCAUGAAGUAACCCGACAUUAUCGUUGAGCUAUAAACGAGAAUAGCGAGCCUGGCGCUCCUUGCGUCCCUCUCGCAGUCUGUUAUCACUCUUUUACCACACCCUACUGUGUCGCAACCACCAACAGGAUGACUUCUCCCCGCAUCAUCGUCCUGACACACCCGCGGGCGGUGUCUACUGCGUUUGAGAGGGUCUUUACAACUCGACGUGAUAUCCUGGCGACUUUCCAUGAGCCUUUCAACAUUGCAUUCUAUUUCGGACCUGAGGCUGUGUCAGAGCGCUACAAGGGCACGUCUGCCACUGUCGCUACGUCAGAGUUUUCUGCAGUGACCUAUAAAGCUGUCCUCGAUAGCUUUGCAGAGGCGGAGGAGAGGGUUGGAGCCACAGACCGUCAUUCUAAUUCUCCACUGACGUGAACUAGGGCAAGAGAAUAUUCGUGAAAGAAAUGGCUUUUUCCCUGUUUGAGCCAGACGGAAAACUGUCUAGCAUCGUACCAUCUCUCGGAGCCGGAGUGGAACCUGGUAACCCAACAGUGUUGCCACUUGAAGUCCUGCAGCAAUUUCACUUCACAUUCCUUAUCCGACACCCACGGCGCUCCAUCCCGUCCUUCUACCGCUGCACCACUCCGCCCCUAAGCCAGGGAACGGGCUUCGACGGCUUCCUGCCGAGCGAGGCGGGCUACUUGGAGUUGAGGCGAAUGCUCGACUUCUGCAUCGAGAAGGGUCUUGUUGACAAAAGCCGGCUCAUUGUCAUCGAUGCGGAUGAUUUACUUGACGAGCCGGAGAAGAUCGUUAGAAGUUACUGCGAUAGAGUGGCAAUUGACUUUAGGCCGGAGAUGCUUGAGUGGAGCGACGCCGACAGGGAGCACGCUGCCCGACUGGUUCCCACUGUAUUCCAGGGUUUCCACGGCAAUGUUGAUGGAUCGUCAAGUCUCAAGCCAAGAACGCAUGCUCAGAAAACCGUGUCAGUCGAAGAUGAGAACAAGGAGUGGGCGGAGAAGUAUGGAUCGGAAGCGCAGAGGGUCAUUCGUGAGACUGUGGACGCCAACAUUCCGCACUAUGAGUAUCUCAAGCAGUACUGCCUCAAAGUCUAGUUUCAUGUAUGCUUUAUGGUAGUUUGCCAGAAUGAUUGUGAGAUGCUCAUGGGCCUCGUCACCCUUAUAUAGCCAGUGGUUUUCUGGCAUCAGAAUAUCGGAUAGAGCCUCCAGCUAUGACCACACUGCGUGUAUUUAACUUCUAA